CAAUUAUCCUCUUACGCGAUCCGGUCAGCUAAAAAGUACGCCACUCUUCAAACGGAAACAUACGUUCUCCUAGCGUUCUAACGGAAGCCUGUAACCAAGUGGUCGUUCAUAACGUUAUACUACUGAUUAAUUUGUGAUAUCAAUUAAAAAUCAACGGGAUUCCGUGAUUCCCUCAGUCUUCGUCAAGACUCCAAGUCGUUCACUAGGAGAAUCGCAGGUACUCUUUUUUCAAAACAUGGUGUCCAAAAAGAUGGUACCAGCACCCUACCCCUAUUCGAUUGAGGAGGAGUUGAAGAAGAAUCCGCAAAUAAAAGUGUCGGAUAUAGAAAUGCUAAGAGAAUGGUGUGAGAAGCAACAACACUUACCUAAGAUGUCGGAUUUGCUGCUGCUAAUGUUUUUGCACAGUAAUUACUUCAGCAUGGAAGCAGCAAAAAACACGGUGGAAAACUUCUUUACUAUCAGGUCCCAUGUUCCAGAGUUCUUCUCAAACAGGGAUCCUCUGGGAUCGAAGGAAGUUCGUCAGGCACUCAAUACUGUAGCGGUUAGCGAAUUACCGGGUGUCUCGAAAGAAGGUUACAAAGUACUCUUCUCUAAAUUGGUGGAUCCUGAUCCAUCGCAUUAUUCUUUCGACGAUGUGACGAAAUAUUUUUUCAUGGCAUCCGAUUUAAUGGGAUUAAGAAAUGGCUCCUGUGAAGGGUACCUCUUUAUCGGAGAUUCGGCCAAUGUGUCUCUGGGUCACGUGGGACGUAUCAGUCCUAUGGGAAUGAAGAAAUUGGUCAUGUAUGUUCAGGAGGCAAUACCUGUUCGCUUGAAAGGGAUACAUUUUUUUAAUACACCACAAGUGAUGGAUGUAAUACUGAACAUGGCGAAGCCUUUUAUGAAGAAGGAACUGUGGAAUAUGAUUCAUUUGCAUUCAUCGUUGAAGACGUUGGAAGAAUUUGUUUCUGUUGAUAUUCUGCCGAACGAAGUGGGUGGUAAAGGAGGACCGAUAUCGUCAUUGCAUGAUAAACAGAUAAAGGAAAUCGACAGUAAACGAGAAUGGUUCAUCGAAGAGGAGAAAUUGGCUCGGGUUGAUGAGUCAUUGCGUAUCGGCAAGAGUAACAUUGCGAAUGACCUAUUUGGUGUUGAAGGCACUUUCAAGAAAACCAUGGCCGUCGCUAAACCAGUGAAGUUUGAAGAUUUGCUAAAAGAGAAUCCAGAAUUGAAAGAGGAGGAUGUACAAAUGUUGAGAGAUUGGUGCAAGAAACAACCAUAUUUACCGCCAAUAACCGACACUGAGUUGGCGACAUUUUUGCAUAGUAAUUAUUAUCGUAUGGAACCGACGAAAGCUACUAUUGAUACGUAUUAUACAGUGAGGACACACGUUCCCGAAUUUUUUUCUAAUAGAGAUCCUUUGGGAAAUAAAGAUUUGAGAAAGUCCUUUCAGACAAUUACCAUGCAAAUAUUGGAUAAGAAAACGCCAGAAGGUUACUCGAUUCUUUAUGGAGCACUACGCGAUCCAGAACCAUCAAAUUAUGUCUACAACGAUGGAACUAAAUUUCUCACCAUGGUCGUAGAUUUGUGGCUUUACAUAGAGGGUACAACACCGGGUCAUAUAAUUUUAUUCGACAUGAAAAAUGUUGUAUUUGGUCAUGCUGCACGGUUAAGUCCCAUGGGAUUGAAGAAGUAUCUUUAUUACUUGCAAGAAGGAUUGCCAGUUCGUCUAAAAGGGCUCCAUUUCAUGAACAUCACAUCUGUGAUGGAUGUGAUACUCAACAUGAUGAAGCCGUUCAUGAAGAAAGAAUUACUGGACAUGCUUCACACGCAUACAAAUUUGGAGACGUUGUCGAAAUUCCUUCCUUUAGACGCACUUCCAAACGAAACCGGUGGAAAAGCGGGCGCAAUAGCGCAGCUUCACGAAAAGACGGUCGAAGCACUUGAAGCAAAUCGUGAUUGGUUUUUGCAAGACGAACGAACGAGACGUGUUAACGAAUCGUUGAGAGCUGGCAAAGGGAAAACAGCUUCUGAUCUUUUUGGUGUUGAAGGAACAUUUAAAAAACUCGAAAUCGAUUAAAUAAAAAUAAUUGUUACAAUAAUUUAUAAAUGUUUUUCAACACUUUUAUAAAAGAAAAGUUGCACAUGCAGUGAAAGGCAUAUCGAUAAAUGAAAAUCUUGUCAACCGCUUAUAAAGCUUAUAAUAUUAUAAAUUUAGAAUUUGUAACAUUAUUUGUAAUAAAUCACAUGCUUCAUUUUUUCAAAGGGAAAAUAAUUUUUUUUAUUUAAUGAAACUGUUCAAAUGAUCUCAUCGUCAAUGAAAAAUAAAUUUAAGAAAUAUGGUGAA